GGAGCCUGUGCUCAAGCUUCCUGCUCGACCCGGCAGCAGCCCGUCUCCUCCUGGUGCCCCUCCUCCGGCCCUGGGUUUUCCGCAGCAGGUCCAGCGCAGCAGUUAAGCUGUGACAACCCCAAGCAGCCUGCCCCUAUGAGAUCCUGAGAUGAAAAUCACAUGACGAGGGAGAGAGCCACAGAUAAGCUAUGAAUGGGAGACGACAGCAGGCUCAGACAGACACAGGGACACAUGCUUUGCCUAUCCUCCUUUUGCUGUAGCGUGCAUCACUACAGCUGCAGUCAUAACGAUGGAGAGAGGAGGGAGGAUGCUGGAGGCAGACAGGCAGGGCGGGGCUGCUGAGUGACAGGAGGCAGGAGAGAGAGGAAGCUGCUCAACAGACGACCAAGAAACAGAGAGAGAGAGAGAGUGUAUCCACAAGACGUGAGAGCCGGCAGCAGAGGAGGAGGCGGGGGGGCUUCCAGACUGGAUGGGCCCAGCGAUGCCUUGAUGGAGUAUGGGCCAGGUUUUAGGAUUCUCCCACUGCCAGGAAUAUGGCUCUGUGGCGUCCACUCCAGACUCAACACCUCCAUGCACCGAUGGCGGAAAUGAGGAGUCUGAGAUGUGCGAGCUGCAAACAGCCAGGGAGUGGUCUGACGAUGAGGAGGGGGAAGAUGGGGACCCAGAUGAUGACGACGGACUGGCUUCUUCCCCGUCCAUCUGGGGAACGCCACGUCAGAACUCCUUCGAGCUGACUUUCUCUUACAUCGCCAUCGCCGAGGCUGAAGCGGUGGGGGCCUCACGGCACCUCCGUGACCGACGCAGGUGCAACUCUCGGGGGAGUCGCACCCCUCUGAUCCGCACGGACACCCUGGAAACGCUGCUGGACUCCCCCGACGUAGACUGGGACCCUCAAGAUUUCCUCAGUUCAGAGGAAGAAGAGGAAGCGGCGGAAAGGAGAGAGCAGGAGAGGACGGCGAGUGCAGCCGUGAGGAGAGAGCAAGACAGACAAACUGAGACUAUUAUAAACCAGCCCUCUCCCCAAAAUCUGGAGCCAGAAACUCAGGAGAGAGAUGCAGGAAUCCAAAGACGGGACUCUCCGAGAAGCCUGACCCAGAUUACCCAGCAUCCCUCUGCAUCGCUGUCUUCCCAACAUCAGAGCCCGUCACAGAUACUUCAGGCAGCCUCACAGACCCCUGAGCCAGAGUCUCCCGUCACCAGGGAAACCAUUUCAGUCAAGCUGCUCACAUCUGUGCGACCCAGAGGCCCGGCGUCCUCGUCGCCGGCCGCCAUCGGUCGAAACUCUCAGGAACAGCUGGUCAGCGAUCACUGGUUUUCAGCACUUAACCUAUCAGAGGACCCGACAGUAUGCAGUAUGCACAUAGCAGUGAUGGACCUGAUCUACUGGAAGGACACGGAGCGAACGGGCAUGAUCCUAACAGGGUUAGUGGUCGGCCUGCUGUCCCUGUUCCAGCUCAGCAUCAUCACCGUGGUCUCCACAGUCUGCCUGGCCGUCAUGUGCUUCACCAUCUCCGUGCGCAUCUACUACCAAGUCCUCUACAUCCUCAGCUGGGGCGACGGAGAACAUCCCUUCAAAUCCUACUUGGACCUGGACAUCAGUUUCAGUGGAGAGGAGGCUGACACCUAUAUGCAGAAAGUCAUCGUCAUAGCUCUGUCUGCUGUUGACUCUCUGAAGGGACUCUUUUUUGUUGGAAACCUGUUCGAGUCCGCCAAGUUACUGGUUCUGAUGUACCUCGUGACGUACCUGGGAGACCUGUGCAAUGGCCUUACUCUGCUCAUCAUCAGUGUGAUCGCUCUCUUUUCUCUGCCACUUUUCUACAGACAACGCCAGGAUCAGGUGGAAGUCUUCAUUGCAAAAAUCCAGGCCAACAUUGACAACGUCAAGGACACCUUUCAAAGACUUGUCCAUGGUGGCAGCCCUCCUCAUGACCCAACUCCCGGUGGCGCCAAACCCCAAAACCAGUAAACACUGAUGGACAAGAACUUAAUGAAAAGCUCCCAGAGUUGCAGGCUGUCACUCAGAUGUCUUACCCAGCAGCAGUCUGUUCUCGGAGCUCCAGAGAACGGAGCGGAGGUUACUUAAACGGACAAUGACGAGGAUCACACAUUUAUACUCUAACUGUAUUGUAAGUUAUGGGGGUUGGAGGUUGGGGUUUGGGUUCAAACUUUAUCAAGGUGUCUGAAUCCCGGAUGAGACUCUUUGCUGCUGACUUCAGAGAUGGAAAAAUUCUACGACACAACUGGUCGUAUGUGACCAUCCUUGGAAAUAUUCACUGUUUUUAAUGUGUACAAAAUGACUCAAGAAGUGUCUUAGAUGGUUGAGAGCUGUAGUCCAAAUGAGGCACUGAGACCAGGAAUGGGAAGUUCCCACGGCGACGGCUGCUCACCUGAGAAAAAGGGAGGUCAGUUGUUAAGGUGAAAAACAGGGGUCAUCAUUAUUCAUGGCAAUUAAAGAUGCAUGUGUCAGCACAUGUACUUUUUUUUCUGAAUGCAUAUUCAUUCUCAUGACUGUUUCUCCGUGUGUAUGCAAGUAUGAGUGUGUGCGUGCGUUUUAUUCCCGGCAUAUAGAGCUUGCUGAAAUGAAAAUGUUACCUACAAGCAAUUAAAGUCACAUUUCUUCUUUA